GUAGGCUAUAUUCUGAAUUGUCAUUUGGAAUCCUUCAUUUUAAUUUGUCGUUUCAACGAAAGUGGUUCCUGCUCCUCAAAAAAUUGUGCAAGAAGAAAAACAAUCAACAUGUCUCAUUUGGAAUACUAUGGGAGCAACCGCAGCUCGGGCUUACGUCGCCGUUCGCGCUCGCGUUCUCACUCGCAAUCCCGCUCCAUAUCGCCUUCAGGAGCACGCAACCGCUCUAAGCGCCAGUCAAAGGACCGUCAGAUUGGAGGAUCAUCGGAACGUCCCAAGACAAGCCGCUGCAUUGGUGUCUUCGGCUUGAGUACCAAUACUUCCCAGGAGAAGGUGCGCGACCUUUUCAGCAAAUACGGCCCCAUUGAGCGCAUUCAAAUGAUUAUAGAUGCCCAGACCCAUCGCUCGCGUGGUUUCUGCUUUAUUUAUUUUCAAAAUGUCGCCGACGCCCGUGUCGCUAAGGAUUCCUGCUGCGGCAUUGAGAUUGACAACCGUCGCAUACGCGUUGACUUUUCAAUAACCCAACGUGCCCGCACUCCUACUCCUGGAGUCUACAUGGGACGUUCGUCUCGCAACCAGUAUGGUCGCUCCGGCUCACCGUGUGGUUCUCGAUAUCGCGACUACGGUUCUUCAACAACUAAGGACUCUCGUCGCUAUCGUGACUACCGCAACGAACGCAGCGACCGCGAAUACCGCAACGAACGUGCAAACCGCUAUUAUCCGAAGAAGUCUAGUCGCAGUCGUUAUGUACGCAGUCGCAGCGUUUCACGUUAUCGUUCGCGUUCGCCGGUGCGCAAGUACCGCACCUCAUCGCGUUAUGAGUAAUUCCUGUACAAAACGCGCCAAUUGCCAAAACCAUGCUCAUCGUCAAGGCCCAUCUGUAUUGUUUUUAUUUUUUGGGCCUUAGCAAACAAGACGAGCACACUUGACUGAAUUUUAACAAAACACUGGCAAAAUAAUCGCAUCUUAUGGCUUUGGGGAGCAAUUCACAAAUUUAUAACUCGUACAUCAUCUAAACUUUUAAUCUGUUGACUUCGUUGUUGCUGUUGAAAAACGUAGUUUGUAAAAAUCGAGAAUUAACACGAUUACAUAAUAGAAAUCUGGCACCAAAAGCGGGCUGUAGAUGCCACACACUCAUUGUGAUAUGUAGUUUAAGCAGCAGCAACAGCCUGAUAAUAAUAAUAAAAUUAACACACUAACAAUCA